AUGAAUCAUACCAAAAACCAAAAUAUUCCAAAUCAAAACCUCCAAAACACUAUACCUCCUUCAGCAGCUGUAAACAUGUUAAUUGACUUAACAAAAGAUAAUACUGCUGCUGUUAACGCUUAUUGUCCAAUAUUAGCUUCAAAAAAACAACGACGACUUGGAAUCAGGAAUGAUUCUCCAUCGUUAUCUGCUGAUACUAGACCACAAAAACGUAGUAGAAUAGAAGAAGCUCAAGAUUAUAAUCUAUCAACACCGUCUUUAUCAGUUCAAUCGAUUCCAAAUAUUUAUAAUCAAACUAAAUUGCCUAGUACUCGAGAAAUUUUUAAUAAUUCCCCUCCAAUGGCUCCGGCACAGGUUAAACAUGUUGCUUCAUCAACUUAUUUUCCUAACAAUUCUAUAAUAACUCCAGAAUUUACUUCUGCACCCACUUCAAAUGGAAUUCAAUCUUCUUAUGUACUACCAAGUAAUACAAUACUACCACCCGCUUCUGUAAAUUAUUCUUCACAAUAUUUAUCGCAUCCACAAGGUUUCCAAAGACCAUACUAUACUGAAAUUCCUCCUUAUAAUCUGGGAUAUAUUAUGAAUCCCUCCAUGGCUCAAAUACAACAACAUAUUACUUCUAAUUCCCCUCCCAGUAGUUCUAGUAGUACAACUAGUUCUCAAUCCCCUAAUAAUGCUCUGCAAGGUGAAGUUAUCGAUCUAACGACUGAUAGUGAUGACGAUUGUAUUAUCGACGAGAAAGAAACCAACAGAGAUUUGUGCUGGGGGAUGAUCGAAAGUUUAGUAUUAAUAUUAUACCCAAGGCCCUGUACUGGUGGCAAAGGUGAAGAAGAGGUGAAGUUAAAACGUGAAGGGAUUACAGGAAAAAAUCAAGAUAAUGAAUUGUUCGGAGUAGUUGAACAAGAUUUAGCUAAUGUACUGGCUCCAUUGAUGGACGAAAAUCUUAUAUGGACAGAAGCAACGAUUCCAAAAAAUUGGUCUCCUUCAGACCAGAUGAUACCUUUACAUAUUGUAAUAUAUGGACGUCCUGUUAAUACCGAAAUCGUGAGCUCACAUCUUUAUGAAAGGAAAGUAAUUUUGACAGAUCCAGUAGUUUAUAAUGUAGAGACGCGUUAUGCAAAUCCACAUAGUCUACCUCCCGGUAUCACCCAUUUGAAUAAAAAUAAUCUGAAAUCAUUUAAAGAGUAUUCGGGUGGAAGCAGUGGGACAACAACCACUAGAUCACCGGAAGAUAUGAAAAAUCAAAUUGAUAAGGUUUUUAAUUCUUUAAUGAAUGCUGAAAGCAUUCCUGAAUUAGAUCCGGAUGAUAGAUUAGCUACGACGUUAUAUAAACAUCAAAAACAAGCGUUGUAUUUCCUAAUGAAAAGAGAACAAUACAAUGAUUUUACUGACGAUCAGACUAAUGAAUUAACUACAUUAUGGAGACGUCGAAUUAGCGCAGGACGGCAUACUGUCUAUUACAAUGUAGUAACUAACUCGGAGGUCAAAGUAAAACCCGUUCAGAUGAGAGGGGGGAUUAUCGCCGAUGAUAUGGGUCUUGGUAAAACUAUUCAAAUAAUAGCGCUGAUCCUUGCAAAUGAAUAUUCAGACAUGGAUUUGAGAUCUAGGGGAACCCUUAUCGUAUGUCCCCUAUCUACUGUUGCAAAUUGGGAAGAACAACUUGCUGGUCAUGUUCAAGAAAACGCUCUCAACGUAUAUGUAUAUCACGGGGGCGCUCGCAUUUCAGAUCCUUCCCAUUUAAUAAAUUAUGACGUUGUAAUUACAACUUAUAAUGUAUCUGGUACUGAAUAUAGCAAACAAUCAAAAAACACCAUAAAUAGUGCUUUGCAACAGAUUCAUUGGUUCCGUAUAAUUUUAGAUGAAGCCCAUAUAAUCAAAGAUAUUAACACAGUACAAAGUAAGGCUGCUUGCUCAUUGAAAGCGGAAAGGCGUUGGUGUUUGACUGGAACACCGAUCCAAAACAAGUUGGACGAUUUAUUUGCCCUUAUUAAAUUUCUUCACAUGGUUCCCUUUGAAUCCAAGGAAAACUGGAAUCACUACAUUUCACGCCCAAUUAAAUCAAUCGAUCCUGUUGGUAUUAGUAGAUUACAAACUAUAAUGAAGUGUAUAACUCUUCGUAGAACAAAGAUAGUUAAUGGAAAACCAUUAUUGGCCUUACCACCACGCAACGAUCACUAUCGUUAUCUUGAACUUAGUGAUCAUGAGCGUAAAUUAUAUGAAAAGAUAUAUCGUUCCCAAGCUGAAAGGAUUAAAAAGUUUGCUGAGGAGAACAACAUUAUGCGACAUUAUGUUAACAUUUUGCAGUCUUUAUUACGAUUGCGUCAGAUUUGUGCUCAUUACUCAUUAGUCAAAGAGUCCGAUAUUCCUGACGAUUUAGACGAGGAAAUAGUUAACGAAGGGUUAACUCCGACAAGAGCGUUGAUGUUACUUAGUAUAGUUAGGGAAAGUGGAGUGGAUCAAUGUGGUUCUUGCCUAUCGGAUUUGGCCCAAACAGUUGUAGUUACUCGAUGUGAACAUUUGUUCUGCAUUGAUUGUGCUAAUAAAAACAUGAGUCAAUUGUUAAGUUCAGCCCCAUUUGAGGACCAAAAAGUUUUGGCGGAUUGUCCAAUAUGCGGGCUGAAAUUAAUUUCUGGAGAUGUUUGUGAAGUUUCCGAUUCUAAAGAUAUUGAGAAUGAUCAUAUUACGAGAUCUGAGGGGGUUGUGAAGGUCCAUAGUACCAAAGUCAAAGCGUUACUUGAAGAUCUGGUUCAAGCAAAGAAAGAUGGUGUGAAAAGCGUAGUGUUCUCUCAAUGGACCAGGAUGUUAGAUUUAAUACAGGAUGCUUUAAACGAAAAUGACAUCAUAUAUACUCGAUUAGAUGGCACGAUGCCUCGUGCAGAGCGUACACAAAAUAUGAACAUUUUUAAAAAACAGGAUGAUGUGAGCGUCAUACUCGUUUCUUUGAAGGCUGGUGGCGUUGGGUUGAACUUGACAGCUGCCCAACGAGUAUAUCUUAUGGACCCCUUUUGGAAUCCGUCAGUUGAAAACCAAGCCAUCGACAGAAUUCACCGUCUUGGCCAAACUUGUGCCGUGGAUACUAUAAGAUUUAUUAUCAAGAAUUCUGUGGAAGAAGGCAUACUUCAGUUGCAAGAGCGUAAGUUACGACUUGCUGAAUUAACAUUUUCCGAAAAAUUGAGCAAGCAAGAGAUUACCAGACGUAGAUUGGAAGAUCUCAAAGUUCUUUUUAAAUGA